AUUUUAUAUCUGGCAUCGAGAGCUCAAGAGUUACAGUCAACUGUUCUUCAGGCGUAUUUCAUCACCCGAACUAUACCAUCCGAUACUACUCGACGACAUCAAUCAACAGUCUUCACAAUGUCCUCCAACACAUCGCACUCGAGCCAUACAUCAACACCACCGACAACCACAUACACCGCACCCCCAUCUUACGCACAGUUGGAUGUAUCUUCCACCAAGUCCACAUCAUCUACAGUCAAGAACCAUCUUCUCUCGGUCUUCAAUCGCAAAUUGAGCUCGAGCGAGACACCUACGAAGACUACCAAGGCACCUAGCGGGAAGGAUGGCUUGACAACAGAAGAGAGGAAGAUCAGAAACGAGGCACGGGCGAGCUGCUUCUCGACGCUGGGUUGACGGAAGGGCAUAUACUCACCCCUAUUGCGGAGCAACUUGAGACUUUUUCCAGGGAGUUGAAUUGCUUUCGUUGGUUUAGGAAC